CACUUCAAACCCAGCACUUCCGGUGCAUGGUUACUACGGGAGACGAAGGGAAGCUAAAGUACUUAAGUCUCUUAGCAUAAAUAAAACGUCUUGUUCGAAUUAUAUUACAUUAUAGGUGCUAAUGGUAUUUACUUUAAACGUAGCGACGUGUAAAGCUGCACAUAAUGUCGACGGUUUUUUAUGCUAGGCAGCCUCGUCGCGUUCGGCAGUGAUCUACCUUUAGCUAAGCUAACGGUAUGCUAAUGUCCCGGUUGCCCGUAGAACGAGACGACAUGAGACGUUAGGUUGAAUAACUCAGCUCUCUUUAGCUGUCUAAUUUAUAUCGUAACAUCUGCCGUGUUGGCCUCGCAUUUUAAGUAGUAGCUUAGCUGCACUGAAAGCAGUUUAUUCAUACUGAGGAUUCUGUCGAUACCGUCACCGCUAUGUUUAUCUACCUCAGCAAGAAGAUUGCUAUCCCCAACAAUACCCACCUAAAAUGCGUUUCUUGGAACAAAGAUCAAGGCUUUAUUGCCUGUGGAGGAGACGACGGCCUUCUUCGAGUACUUAAACUUGAGAUUCAAACAGGCGAUGACUCCAAAAUUAAAGGUUUAGCUGCACCCAGUAAUCUGUCAAUGAACCAGACUCUUGAGGGUCACAGUGGUGCAGUGCAAGUGGUCACAUGGAAUGAACAGUACGAAAAGCUGACAACAAGUGACCAGAACGGCCUUAUUAUUGUAUGGAUGCUGUACAAAGGUGCAUGGUAUGAGGAGAUGAUCAAUAACAGGAACAAGUCAGUAGUGAGGAGCAUGAGCUGGAAUUCUGAUGGCCAGAAAAUCUGCAUAGUGUAUGAGGAUGGAGCAGUCAUAGUUGGAUCUGUAGAUGGUAAUCGAAUUUGGGGGAAGGAGCUAAAAGGAAAUCAGCUUGCUCAUGUGGCAUGGUCUCCAGACAGCAAAAUCCUGCUCUUUGGAAUGGCCAAUGGGGAAGUACAAAUUUAUGACAAUCAAGGAAACUUCAUUAUGCAAAUGUCCAUCAGCUGUCUCACCAAUGCUACUGGAGCGAUCAGUAUAGCAGGUAUCCACUGGUACGCAGGAACUCGGGGUUACGUUGAGCCACACUGUCCAUGUCUUGCCAUCUGUUUUGACAAUGGAAGAUGCCAAAUUAUGCGCUAUGAGAAUGAUGAAAACCCAGUAUGUAUUGACACUUUGAUGAAUGUUGUCAGUAUUCAGUGGAAUCACUAUGGAAGCGUGCUGGCAGUAGCAGGUUCUCUCAGAGCCUCAAAUGUUGAGAAAGAGGUCAAUGUUGUGCAGUUCUACACGCCGUUUGGAGAGCACCUCAGAACUCUCAAAGUUAAUGGGAAGCAGUUGACAGGAAUCGCCUGGGAGGGAGGAGGGCUGCGCAUUGCCCUGGCUGUUGACUCUUAUAUCUACUUUGCCAACAUAAGACCAGACUACAAGUGGGGUGUCUGUUGCAGCACAGUAGUAUAUGCCUACACAAAGCCAGAGCGGCAGGAGUACUGUGUGGUAUUCUGGGACACAAAAAACAACGAGAAGUUUGUCAAAUAUGUGAAGAGCUUGAUGUCCAUCACUACCUCAGGGGACUUCUGCAUUCUGUCCAGCAAAGCAGAUCAUACCCAAACUCAGGACCAAACUGAGUUAGAGCUAGGGAGUCAUGCAAUGUAUGUCCUGAUUUUGUGCAACUCAAUUGGGACUCCACUGGACUCAAAGUACAUUGACAUUAAUCCUUUGUUUGUCACCAUGACUAAAACACAUGUGAUUGCUGCAUCUAAAGAAGCGUUCUACCUGUGGCAGUACAGAGUGGCCAAGAAAUUAACUGCACUUGAGAUCAAUCAAGUGAACAAAAUUAAAAAGGAGGGACGAGAAAGGGUCUAUCACAUUGACAAUAUUCUGUCUGGAGCCAAUGACAGUGGCCCAGAUUUCUCAAAAGCCUUUACAGCAACUCGAGAUCCCAUCUGUUGCAUAACAGCAACAGAUAAGACCCUGAUUGUGGGCCGUGAAUCUGGCACCAUCCAUAGAUACAGCCUCCCAAAUGUUGUUCUCAUCCAGAAAUACACUUUAAACAACAGAGCUCACUAUAUGUCCUUAAACUGCAAUUCCAGUCGUCUGGCCAUAAUUGACAUCACAGGGAUGCUGACUUUAGUGGACCUAGAGGCUCGCGCCACCACAGACAGUGGAAAUCAGGUGUCUGCAGGAGGUCCAUCCAAGUUUGAGCGCAAAGAUGUUUGGGACAUGAAAUGGGCGAAUGACAACCCUGAUCUAUUUGCCAUGAUGGAGAAGACUAGAAUGUAUGUCUUCAGAAACCUAGAUCCAGAGGAGCCCAUUCAAACCUCUGGAUACAUCUGCAACUUUGAGGACCUAGAAAUCAAAUCUGUUUUGCUUGAUGAAAUCAUGAAGGAUCCAGAGAGACCAAACAAAGACAACCUCAUCAACUUUGAAAUCCGCUCCUUGAGAGACAGUCGUGCACUGAUUGAAAAGGUUGGGAUAGAAGACGCGUCACAGUUCAUCGAAGACAAUCCUCAUCCAAGACUCUGGCGUUUUCUGGCUGAGGCUGCUCUGCAGAAGCUGGAUUUGAGGACAGCGGAGCAGGCCUUUGUCCACUGUAAAGACUACCAAGGCAUUGAGUUUGUCAAGCGCCUGGGCAACCUGCAGAGUGAGCCCAUGAAACAGGCUGAGGUGGCGGCUUACUUCAGCAGGUUUGAGGAAGCUGAGCGCAUGUACCUGGAUAUGGAUCGCAGAGACCUUGCUGUAAGCCUCAGGAUCAAGCUAGGAGACUGGUUCAGGGUGCUUCAGCUGCUCAAAACUGGUUCUGGAAACUGUGAUGAUACUCUGCUACUGCAGGCAUACAAUGCUAUUGGAGAUUACUUUGCUGACAGACAGAAGUGGGUCAAUGCAGUGCAGUACUACCUUCAGGGUCAAAAUCAGGAGAGACUGGCAGAAUGCAGUUACAUGCUAGAGGACUAUGAUGGACUUGAAAGGUUGACCACUGUCCUGCCAGAGAAUCAUAAACUUUUACAGGAGACUGGGGAGAUGUUUGCCACUGUGGGCAUGUGUGAACAAGCUGUGAAUGCCUACCUCAAGUGCAACCAGCCUAAAGCCGCUGUUGACACGUGUGUCCAUCUGAACCAGUGGAACAAGGCAGUGGAACUCGCUAGGUCCCACAACAUGAAGGAGAUUAAAUCACUACUGUCCAAAUAUGCUUCACAUCUUCUUGAGAAGAAUAAAACUCUUGAGGCAGUGGAACUGUAUCGGAAAGCCCACCACUUUCUUGAUGCAGCCAAACUAAUGUUUAAGAUAGCAGAUGAUGAAGCAAAGAAAAGGACUAAACCCCUCCGGGUGAAGAAGCUCUAUGUUCUGGCGGCAUGUCUUGUUGAAACUUACCACGAGCAGGUGAAAGCAUCACAGCAGAGCAAAUCCAAAGCAAAGAAGUCUGAGGCCAGUUUUGCUCUUGCUGGGUUGCUUGAGGAAGAUGCAACUUCUUCAGAUAAUCGUAUUGUAGACAACGCUUGGCGUGGAGCUGAGGCCUAUCACUUUUUUCUGCUGGCUCAGAAGCAACUGUAUGAAGGAUACACAGAAAAUGCUGUGCGCACAGCCCUUCACCUGCGUGAGUAUGAAGACAUCAUCCCAGCAGUGGAGAUCUACUCUCUUCUUGCCAUUUGUGCCACAGCCAAUCGGGCGUUUGGCACAUGCUCACAGGCUUUUAUCAAACUUGAAUCCUUGGAGGGUUUAGAACCUGAGCAGCGGCAGCUGUAUGAGGACUUGGCCCUGAAGAUCUUCACCAAGCACACGCCGAAGGACAGCCGCAUGAUGGAGCGGGAGAGAUCAUCAGAGGGGGUUGAAGGAAAAUUACCCACAUGCAUCGUGACUGGUCUGCCAAUACAGGAGUACCAGUUCUGGAUGUGCAGUUUGUGCAAACACUGUGCCCUUGAGCAGGAGAUUAGCAGGUAUAACUGCUGCCCACUGUGUCACAGUCCUGUAGCAUGAAUCUCAGUCUAGGAAACAUUUAAAAUGUAAUGCACUAUUAAACAGUAUAGCUCCAUUCUACUGCUAAGACAAAUGCUUUUUAUGAUCAAACAUAACACUUAUGUGAAAGGAUGUCUUUUUAAUAAUUUCAUUAAAUAAAAAUAUUUAAAUAAAAUA